AUCUCUAGUAGUAAACUGCAAGAACAUAUGAACUAUUUCAGAAUAAUACAUUUUUUUAGAACUUGGGUUUGCAAUAAAAUUAUGGAUAAAAAAAUCUAUAGAAGCAUCAACUGGCAUUAUUUGCACUCCUAUUUAUAAUCAAUUUCUAUUUAUUGGUAACUAGAAUUUGAAUGAUCAAAGACUGUUAUAAUAAUUAUUUUAACUUCUUGCUGUUCAUAAAUGCUUUACUCUAUUAUUCUGUUGAGUUGGUAAUACUGCAUGUUUGAACGAUAAGUGAUAUCAUAGAGUGUAUGUGUUAUGUGUACAAACUUAUCAUGGCUUUCACACUUUGGACUCUUUGGGAAGCUAUUAUUCUUCUUUUAAAUGCUGCUUGUAUCUUACACGAAGAAAGAUUUUUAAGAAAAUAUGGUUGGGGAGCUAAUCAAAAUAUUCAAGGCUUUGGUGAACCACCUACUGUAAAGGCCCAGAUAUUAAAUUUAUUACGUUCUAUUCGUACAGUUAUGAGAGUGCCACUAAUAUUGUUUAAUACAGUAACAAUAUUUGUUAUAUUAAUCUUUGGAUGAAAGUCCAAAUGUUUGAAAGCAAUGUAUAUAAAAAGUUCUUGGGAAAUGUGAUGUUACAAUAAUCCUUGCUCGAGUGGAUGAUUAAAUAUUAAAUUUCCUUGCGUUUUUCAUUUACUAAAAACGUAUGGAUUUAUGAUAAACUUGAGACUACCAACUGCUUUUGUCAUGAAAAAUAAAACUAUUUUUAAAAAA